GACGAGAUUCAUACCCAGUCUUGCGAUGCAAGUUGGAUGCUGAAUUUCAAACUACUUCAACUAAGGUACGAAAAACCAUCUCUACUUCUCUUAAUCCUUUUGUCAGAGAGAUAGAACCAAAGAUAAAAGAUGUAUUCCAGACAUUGGAUCAUCUAGUAGAACGGAAGGAUGUUAUAGGUUUAAAAGAAGGCAUUGGAGGGAAAUCAUCCGGAAGAUCAUCCACUACUUCUUUGGUUAAAGAAUCUGGUAUUUUUGGUAGGACUGAUGAUAAGGAGGCAAUAAUUAAUUUGUUGCUGUCAGAUAAUGUAAGUGGCAUUGAGUUGUGUGUGAUUGCUAUUGUUGGCAUGGGGGGACUUGGUAAGACAACCCUUGCUCAGCUUGUAUACAACGACGACAGAAUGGAGGAGCAUUUCGAUCUUAAAGCAUGGAUUUGUGUUUCGGAUGAUUUUGAUGUGUUGAAGAUGACGAAACCAAUUUUAGAGAAGCUUGGAUUGUCAACUAACAGUGAUAGUAAGAGUCUAGAUUGGCUUCAAGUUACACUACAGCAAAAUCUGACUGGAAAGAAAUUUCUUAUUGCUUUAGAUGAUGUUUGGAAUAACAAUUAUUCAGAAUGGGAGGCCUUAAGUAACCCUUUUAAAUUCGGGGCAGCAGGGAGUAGGGUGAUUGUAACCACACGGGAGCAACGUGUUGCAUCAAUCAUGCACUCUAGUACAAUUUACAAUCUAAAGAAAUUACAAGGAGAAGAUUGUUGGACAUUAUUUUCAAAACAUGCGUUUCAUUCUGGGAACUCUGAUGCUCAUCCGGAGUUGGAAGUAAUUGGUAGACAGAUAGUGAAAAGGUGUGACGGCCUACCCUUAGCAGUCAAGACAAUUGGAGCUCUCUUGUGGUCUAAACUAGACGUUAGCGAGUGGAAUAAGACACCGAGGAGCGAAAUAUGGGACUUGUCGUGUGAUGUUAUUCCUGCUCUAAGAUUAAGCUACCAGUAUUUGCCCUUACAUCUUAAGCGUUGCUUUGCUUACUGCUCAAUAUUUCCAAAAGAUUAUGAUUUUAAAAAAGAAUAUUUAAUCUUAUUGUGGAUGGCGGAAGGUUUGUUGCCACAAGUGAAAGACAAAACAAUGGAACAAAUUGGUGAUGAUUACUUCGUUGAUCUUGUAUCAAGAUCAUUGUUCCAACAAUCAAGUAUAACAUAUGAGGAGAGGUUUGGAAUGCAUGAUCUUGUCAACGACUUAGCAAAAUUUGUGUUAGGACAAUUUACCUUUAGACUAGAGGGUGAAAAUUCUCUUGAAAUUGUCAAUAAGACACGCCAUGUUUCAUUUUCCAGAAUAAGUGUUGAUACUACUAAGAAUUUUGGGGCGCUUUAUGAGACUAAGGGGUUGCGUGCUUUCCUGCCAAUAUAUUCUGACAAUGAAAUCUUAGCUAAAGAAUAUGUGGAUUUGCUACCAAUUCUAAGAUGCUUGCGAGUUUUCAGUCUAUGUUAUUGUCAGAAUUUGAUUGAGCUGCCAGAUUCAAUGGGCAAAAUCAAACAUCUACGAUAUUUGGAUCUCUCUGGAACUCCAAUUAGAAAGAUACCUGACUCCAUAUGUAAGUUGUGCAAUUUGCAGACCUUGAAAUUACGGUGUUGUUUGAAUCUUACUGCAUUGCCAAGAGAUACUUAUAAACUCAUCAAUUUGCGCCAUGGGGUACAAAGACUAUAUCGAGUUGUGACUUCCAAAUUGGUGUCUGUUACGAUAUCGUGUCCAUUGAAGUCUCGCAUAAUCUCACUUUUUUCUUCUUUUAUCCAUCUCUUAAAAAUGUAUUUUCUGGAAGUAUCUUAA